AUGGAGAACGCGGACCGCUACGACGACCCUGCCGUCGACCCCCGCGCCUCUGGCCCCGGCUCCGGCCUUGGUGUCCAGGAGGGUGACCGCGCUGCGCGCACCGACGCCAAGAUUGCGCAGAACGCUGCCCGCGGCCUCCAGUCCGACUCUGCCCAGAGCCAGGCCGCCUCCGCCACCGGCACCGCCGGCACUGCCGCACUGCCGCCGGCUCGGGCCAGGGCUACACCUCGUCUGGCCUCUCCUCUGGCCAGUCCACCCAGCAGGGCCAGGGCCAGCAGGGGCGGCGUCGGUGGCGUCGGUGGCGCCAGCAGCGGCAACAACGCCAACAACGAGCAGCUCGUCGCCGAGGGCCAGCCGUUCGACUCUUCGCGCGGCCAGACUGGCGCCGGUGGCCGUGACCCGUACGACCGCCCCCCUGUUGAGGGCCAGUUCAACAUGAACAACGCCGACCGCUACGACGACCCCUCGGUUGACCCCCGUGCUACCGGCCCCGGCUCCGGCUUCGGCCUCUCCGAGGGCCAGCAGGCUCGCCAGACCGACGCUCGCAUGGCCGGCCAGGGCCAGCAGCGCUAA